UUUGAAUAAAGUCAUAUAUACAAAUUCGUAUAGAAGUAGUAGAAGUAAAAUAGAUUGCAGUUGCAACUUAUUCGGCAAUUGCCAUAACCUGCAAAAAUAAUCAAAACUGUAAAUCCGGCCUUAAGUAAGAUUAGACCCCAUAAAGCCUAAAGGAUCAAGCUAAAGGGAACAGGUUAGGGUAUCUCGAAAUUACCAACCAGAAUGCCAAUUGCUCUAGAAUCUGAAAAUGACAUAAGGGAACAACGUCAUUGGUUUGUGAGGUUAAUUAAUUGUAUUAGAAUUUAUAAUAUUCCCCUUUUAAAUUUUAUUAUCAUUAGUAUAUUAGGAUCAUUCUUAAUUAAAUUAAUGACCAAAUAUACUAAUUUAUAUAUGAAAAGUUCAUUAAUUACUAUAAUAGUAACUAAUUUAGUAUUAUAUGGUAUAAGUGAAAGUUUAGCUCAAAGUAUUUUAAGUUAUAAACCAAAUCAACCUGGUAUAAGCUUUCGAUUUAAUCCUAAUGCACCAUCAGUUGGACUUUCAUUUAAUUCUAAUGAUUUAAUAAAUAGAGGUAAUCUUAAUCAAUUAGAUACAAGAGAUAUUGGAUCUACAGGAUUUAAUGUUUAUAGAGAUGAGGAAGAAGCUGUUGAUCUUGGUAACGUGGAAGUAAAUUCAAGGAACGCCACUGAUAAUAUUAGUAUUGAUGAAGAAGGCGUUGAACGAUUUAUUGAAUACUUACAGAAUGAUAAUGAAUCAAUAGAAGAUAAUAAUUUUAAUAAUUUUGGAGAUUUACCAUCUCCUAUAGUGGAAUUAACUUAUUAUCAAUUUAAUAGAUUAGCAGGAUUUAUGUGUUGGGGGUUUAUAAUGGCAUUUAUUCAAUGUUGGUGGUAUAAAUUUCUCCAAAUAUAUUCAACUGAUCCUAAAUUUAUUGAAGUUUUACGAAAAGUAUUAACUGAUCAAUUAUGCUUCUCUCCAAUAUCUUUAUUUUCAUUUUUCACUUAUGGUACAAUUGUUUUAGAAAAUGGUACUUGGGAUCAAGCAAAAAUCAAAUUAUCUAAGAUAUAUUUAAAAACUCUUUUAAUUAAUUAUUCAGUAUGGUUUCCAGUUCAAUUCUUUAAUUUUUUAAUUGUUCCACGUAAUUUUCAAGUACCUUUUAGUUCUUCAGUAUCAGUUCUUUGGAAUUGUUUCUUAUCUAUGAGAAAUUCAAACAGUUAGACAUUUUACAUAUUUAUUUAGGGUAGGUAAUAAAACAAAGAUAAAUCCAUUAAAGUAUUAAUUUUAUUUUCUAUAUAUACAUUCCCGAAUUAGAAAAUCCAUUUAAUUUUCUAACUUUUUCACUAACUGCCUUAACAUAUUCAUGCUGUUUAAUAGAAUCUGGUAACAAUAUUGAACCAAGAACAAAUGCACUAUCAACAAUUGAAUCACUACUAGAUUUUUCAAAUCCUGAAUGACCUUCCAGAUCUAACACCAAAGUUAAUA